AGUUACCAAUGGCAACAAACAGCAACAAACGCAUGCGCGCGACAAACUAGCAACAACAAAAAACGGCACAAGCCAAGUUAUUGACAGAUUUCCCAGUCUCUGGUGAGCUUUCUGUGGACAGGACAAUGAUGGAUGCGACGGUACGGCCCCUCAGAAUCCCACCUGAAAUGGCCAUUUAUGCGGAGAAACAUGACAUAUUUCACCUGGUCCAGACACUAGUGAGAAAUUUGAUGGUGGACAAACCAGAGGACCCCAUUCAACACCUGAUUAACUUCUUGAAAAGAGACAGUGUUGUGCCAAGAAUCAUAUUGAUAGGUCCUCCAGCAUCUGGGAAAAGAACCAUAGCUAAAAAGUUGUGUGAGCACAUACAGGCUAUUCACAUAACUUUUAGCGAUAUCUUAAAGGAUGACAGCGACUUAAGCAGAGCUGCACAGCAGUACCAAGACAAAAAACAGAAGAUCCCCAAAGACCACUGGAGACAGUUGAUUCAGCAGCGCCUGUCAAAACCGGACUGCCUUCGACGGGGCUGGGUUUUGGAAGCCAUUCCCAAGACGCAAGAAGAGGCACUAUGUCUACAAGAAGCAGGAAUCAGCCCCGAUCAUGUUGUGAUGCUGGAAGCUCCUGAUGUCAUUCUGAUUGAAAGGAGCUCGGGCAAGAGGAUAGACCCUGUCACAGGAGAUGUAUAUCAUGUCACCUUCAUGUGGCCUGAAAGUGAAGAGGUUGCACAGCGUUUAGAAACACCCAGUACACCGUCGGCAGCUGAUCUCAUGGCAAGAAAGCUGCAGAAGUUCCACACAGAAGCUCAUGCUCUAAAGCGCACAUACCACAGCUGCCUGAAGAUCAUCAAUGCAGACCAGCCCCAUGUAGACGUCUUUUCACAGGUGCUGAACUAUGUGUGUACUCCGCUUCAUUCUGCCUCACCCUACACACCCAGAAUCCUACUGUUUGGACCCCCAGGUUCAGGAAAGAGUGUUCAGGCAAAACUGAUUGCUCAAAAAUAUGGCAUUGUCAACAUUUGUUGUGGUGAGCUUCUGAAGGCUGCUUCAGCUGAUGAGAGCCAUAUGGGGGAGCUCAUUAAACCCUACCUGGAGUCAGAACAGCAAGUGCCAUCAAGUAUAGUCCUGCGGAUCCUUACAGAGAGACUGAGCAGGAUGGACUGUACCACACGGGGCUGGGUGCUCCAUGACUUUCCUCAAGAUGUGGAGCAGGCAGAAGAACUUCAAGAGUCUAAUUACAUACCAAACAGGGUCUUCUUCCUGGAGAUGACUGAUGACAUUGCUAUAGAGAGGGUAACACUUAGAGGUGUGGAUCCGUUACUGGAGAAUGGUGAGAAAGAAUUAGUAAAUUUGUAUCACAGCAUAUAUAAACCUGCUCCCAGUCCGGAAGUGCAGUCACGGCUUCGAUUUAACCCGCGGCAUUCAGAGGCACAGCUGCUAAACAGGCUUAAGGAGUACUGGAGCCAUGCAGCGGGCCUGCAGGCCUUCUACCCACAGGCAGUGUACAUCAACGCUGACCAGGAUCCACACACUGUGUUUGAAUCACUGGAGAGCAGACUAGUGGGCCGACUACCUAGAGUUCUGUCUUACUGAGAACCAUUUAAGCACUAAACACUUUUAUAGGGAUACUCCAGAAAUAUUUUAUCUCAUCAUUUAUUCAGUCUCAUGCCAUCCCAGGUGUAGGACUUUCUUUGUUCUGGAAAAAAAAAAAUCCAUCUCUCUGAGUCCAUAUAAUGCAAGUGAAUGGCAACCCCUGUGACUGAAUCAGUGUCUUUUGCAAUUAAAUAAAAACUGUGUGUAAGACAAA